AUACAAUUUCUAAUGAUCUUCAUUUGUCUUUCGAUUUUUUCUUGUUCAAAUGACAAUUUUCACUCGACAAUCGAAAAAACUUAUUCGUGUCGAACCGUAGUACAUAUCGCGGAUCCCGUAGUAUGAUUAAAUAUCAGUUUUCCGUUUAUCAGGCCGAUGAUUCGAGAAAAUGGUCACAAUUUUUGUGCGCUUUUUCGGCUACAAUACUAGCAUUUGUUUGUGGCAUCACAUUCGGCUGGAGCAGUGUGGUAUCAGCAGAUCUGAAAAGUGAUAACCACCCAAGCUACGAUUUUCAAGUGAAUGAAGGGGAAUUAUCAUGGAUUGGAUCAUCUUUAACAUUAAGUGCUGCAUUCACUUGUGUACCAUCGGGCUACCUUAUUUACUGGAUCGGACGAAAAUGGAGUCUGUUGUUGUUAACGCUUCCACUACUUGCCGGAUGGGCUCUGAUUCUAUUUGCUAAAACCGCGCUAAUGAUCAUUUUCGGACGUGUUGUCUUAGGCAUUGCUGUCGGCGGUACAUUCGUCAUUGCUCCAGUGUACAUUGGUGAAAUUGCCCAAAGUGAAAUACGUGGAACGCUGGGCACUAUGUUCCAAUUGCUAGUCACCAUCGGCAUUUUAUUCGUUUACACGCUGGGUGCUUUCGUUGACGUCAAGAGCUUGACUUUCAUUUGUCUCGUUACGCCGAUCAUUUUUGCCGCAGUUUUCGCUUGGAUGCCUGAGUCACCAACGUAUUUGGUCAACCGGGGCAAAUUGGAAGAGGCCGAGAAAAAUUUCGGAUUUUUGCGAGGAUGGAAGCACGACAAUCACUCUGAAAUCGAACGUUUGAAGUAUGAAGAAGAGCAGCGACAAAUAGUCAAUCAAAAUCAGUCGCUAAAGGUUUCGUUCAGUCGAAUUGAAGCCAGAAAGGCGCUGAUGAUCAUCAUCGGUCUGUACGUGUUCCAUCAGCUCUGUGGCAUAAAUGCGGUCAUCUUCAAUGCGACCGACAUUUUCAAAAAAGCCAAAACCGACAUCUCGCCAGAAGUGCAGACGAUUGUCAUCGGUCUGAUUCAAGUUUUGAUGACACUGUUGUCGGUGUUUGUGGCCGACAAAUGGGGACGUAAAGUGUUGCUCUUUCUAUCGCAAAUUGUGAUGGCCGUCACAACGCUCUUCAUGGGCAUCUAUUUUUUCAUACAACAGAACAACGAAGUAAUGGCUGAAAGUUUAUUAUGGUUGCCGAUGACGUCAUUGGGUCUAUUCAUUGUCGGAUACGGCAUCGGACAGGGACCGUUGGUACAUACAAUGAUCGGCGAAAUUUGCGCACCCGAUAUUAAAGGAUUUGCCAUUGGAGUCGCUAUGUCCCUGAAUUGGUUUCUAGCCUUCUGCAUAACGAAAUUUUUCAGCGGCUUACAGACCACUCUGGGCAUCCAUUCAACAUUUUGGAUUUUCUCCGGAUUUUCGUUUUUGGGAGCGGCGUUUGUAUGUUUAUGUGUGCCGGAAACGAAGGGAAAGUCGUUGAAUGCCAUCCAGAGAAUGUUGGCGGGAGUCAAAGAACCACAAACCGACGAUGUUGAACAGGAAACUGAGAAAAAUACAUGAGGUACUGAAACAUCGAUUUAUUGUGGUAGGUUGGAGCGAAAUAAAACGAUUUUAUGUGGCAAGAAUUCUCGAUCUCGGUCCGUUGUGGAACAUUGUUCAAUCAUGUAACUAUUUUCAAGUUAAAGGUCUAACGUUAGCCGUCGGUUAGCCUGUCUUAGAUUCAUUAUGUUAAGAUGGCCUGUAUGUUAAAUACUAAAUAAAAACAUAGCUAACGGCGACCCGUACGAAA